CUUACGAAUCAAGUAAAUCAAUCACCAAACAAAACCACGAGUAAAUAAUCCAUCAAAUACAAAUUUCAACGCAAAAAUGUCUGACAAAAACACCUCAACUCUUCAAUCAUACAUUGAUUCUGCUUCUGGCGCGGCUCAAUCGGCGCUUGGUUCGAUUACUGGUAACCCUGCUGAUAAGCACGCCGCCGCCCAAAAACACGACGAAGCAGCCCUCAAACACGACGCCUCACACGCCGGAUUUUCCGCCGGCGGCAUCAGCGCCUCUUCCUCGGGGGCCGUAACCAAAAACGAUCCUGCGCGUCAAGAAGGCUCCUGGAACCAAACCAUCGGAUCAGGCAAGGAAUUCGUGGGGGGGAUCCUCGGAAGCGAGGAGAUGAAGAAAGAUGGACGCGAACAGAAUGCUGCGGGGAAGGGCCAGGAAGCCCAGGGACAACUGAACGAUUUGGGGAGUGGGGUCAAGAAUAGAGUCCAGGGCAGUGUUGGGGGAGCGGUGGCGGGGGGUUAUGGGGGAUAG